GGGGGAAGAUGGCGGCGCGGCGGGGCCCGGGGCCGGUGGCGGCGGUGGCGCUGCUGGCGCUGCUCGGCCCGGGGUGGCCCCUCCGCGGGGCCCGAGCCGCGCUCAACCUGCAGGAGCUCAGCGAGCUCAAGUACGGCCUCGAGAUCCUGGCCGAGCCCGUGCUGGCCGGGCAGCACCGCGCCGAGGAGGUGGUGACGGUGGCCUCGCGGUUCAAGCAGCGCUACGAGUGCCGCCUCCCCCCCGCGGCCGUGGGGCCGCCCCCCGGCCCGCCCCGCGACCCCCGCCCCUACAACGGCUCGGGCGUGGCCGAGCUGCUGCGGCCCAUGGGCACCGCGCCCUGCCUGCUGAAGACCAAGGACUGGUGGACCUACGAGUUCUGCUACGGGCGGCACAUCCAGCAGUACCACCUGGAAGAGUCGGAGAUCAAGGGGGACGUGCUGGUGCUGGGCUAUUACCAGGCGGCCUUUGACUGGGGUGAUGAGACGGGCAAGGCCUCCAAGCAGCAGCAGCUGCGGCGCUACCACAGCCAGAGCUACGUGAACGGCUCCCGCUGCGACCUGACCGGCCGUGCCCGCGAGGCCGAGGUCCGGUUCCUGUGCGAGGAGGGCGCCGGGGACUACAUCGCCCGCGUGGACGAGCCGCAGUCGUGCCGGUACGUGCUGACGGUGCACACCACGCGCAUCUGCCACCACCCGUUCCUGCGGCCCGCCCCGGGGCUGGCACCGCAGCCCAUCCGCUGCCAGCCCGCCCUCUCGCCCGCCCAGUACGUCCAGUACGUGCGGGCACAAGUCUCUGACACCAAGAGGAAGGUGGAGGAGAUCUCGGAGGAGCUGCGGACGUUGGACACGCGCCUCUGGAGCGACAGGGACAGCGAUGGCCCCACCCAGGACGGGACCCCUCCAGAGCCCGCCAGGGACGUGCCAGGUGAGGAGCAGGAGGUGCCAACCACGGCCAGUGACCAGCAGGACAGCACCAGGGAGCCAUCCCCGAGGGCAGCUGGUGGUCGGGCAGCUGAUCCACGGAAGAAAAUCCACUUCAAGGUGAUCCGGAGCCCCGGGGACCUGCUGCAGUUCAUCGAGGAGCUGAAGGAGACCACCAGGAAGGCCAAGGAGAAGGCGAGCGAGGAGGAGGAGGCAGCAGCCAAAGCUCCCCCAGCCCCACCUGGCCCCACAGAGCCCCCCAGCCCCGAGGCCCCCCCCAGGGGGGUGCAGGAGGAUGAGGAGGAGGAUGAGGAAGAUGAGGAGGAGGAGGAGGCAGGGCCGCUGCUGGCGGGGCUGGAGCUGCUGCCACGGGAGCAGGUGGCGAGGCUGAAGGAGGAGGUGAAGAGCCAGAUGGAGCAGGAGUUCGACAGCAUCAUCAGCGAGGUGGAGGAUGAGUUGGAGACCGAAGGGCUGAAGGGCGAGUUCGACCGGAGCCGCGCCAGCCGCACCCUGGCGACCACCCUGACCCGGCUGAUGGAGCGGCUGGACGGGCCCGAGCCCCGCCGCGACCCCCGCGAGGGGCGCAGGGACGAGGAGGAGGAGGAGGAGGAGGAGGAGGAGGCGAGGAAGGGCAGCCCCCGGCGCCACAAGGAGGGGCGGGUGCGGAUGGGCAGAACCGGGAGCCGCGACCCGCCCCGGGAACCACCCCAGGAACCGGAGCCUCGCCCGGGGAAACCCACCCGGGAGCACCGGGAACCCCCCCGGGGGGAUCGGGAGCAGCACCGGGGGGAUCUGGAGCAGCACCGGGAGCCCCCCAAGGAAAACCAGAGCCCCCCACGGCUGCCGCAGAUGGAGAAUGAGGUGCGGGAGCUGCUGGCCAAGGAAGGGCUGCGGGCUGAAGGGAAGAUCGAGAUCAAGAUCGUGACGGCAUCAUCGGGGGGAGAGGAGGAGGAGGCGGCGCAGUGGCUGUCGGAGGAGGAUUCCCGGAGCCUGAAGGAGAUUUUCCUCAGCAUCCUGGUUCAGGGCACGGAGGAGGCGCAGAAGGAGCGGCGGCGGCAGCAGACCCUGGAGGACAAUUAUCGCUUCGUGUGGGGGUCCCGCGAGGAGCCCCCCCCUCCCGCUGACUCUGAGGACCAAGACUUCUGACCCCCCAAAUUCUGAGCCCUUAAAUCCUGAACGUCCCCCCGGAA